GCGAAACGCGAAGGCGGUCAUCUCCGAACUCGAUCCCGUCGAUGGAUCGCUUCCUUCUCGUUGUUACAAAAUUGCAAUAAAGAAGAAAUCGAUCGAGAAAAAGAGAUGCAGUUCCAGGAACCCUAGAAGUUCUUCUCCUAAUCCGUUGACCCUAGGAAGAAUAACUGUGUCUGCUCGGGUUUACUUUGAUUGAGGCCGGCCGUGUGUUCGCUUGGUUGGGGGUUUAAGCGUUGGAGGUGGUGGCUGGUGAUGGGCGCGACGGGGUCUAAGCUGGAGAAGACCCUCGGAGAGCAGUUCCCCGAAGGAGAGCGGUAUUUUGGCCUAGAGAACUUCGGCAACACCUGCUACUGCAACAGCGUCUUGCAGGCACUUUAUUUCUGUGUCCCAUUCCGUGAUCAGUUGCUGGAGUAUUAUGACAACAAAAAAAGUGUUAUCGAGGCAGACGAAAACCUUCUCACAUGUCUGGCUGAUCUGUUUUCCCAGAUCUGCUCUCAAAAGAAGAAAACUGGCAUUGUCUCUCCUAGGCGUUUUGUACAAAGAGUAAAGAAAGAAAAUGAGCUCUUCCGCAGCUAUAUGCAUCAGGAUGCUCAUGAAUUUUUGAAUUUUUUGCUCAAUGAACUUGUUGAUAUUCUGGAGAAAGAGUGCAAUAAUGCAAAGUCUUCUCCUGAAGGCUUAUCUUCAUUAGAUAAAGUUGCAAAUGGUUCAGACAAUUCUCUAGCAAAUGGUGUAAAGAAAGAACCCCUUGUUACAUGGGUUCAUAAAAGUUUUCAGGGUAUUUUAACGAAUGAAACAAGAUGCCUACGGUGUGAAACUGUUUCUGCAAGAGAUGAGACAUUCUUUGACUUAAGCCUCGACAUCGAACAAAACAGUUCCAUAACAAGUUGUCUCAAGAAUUUUAGCUCAACAGAGACUUUAAAUGCGGAGGAUAAGUUCUUCUGCGAUAAAUGCUGCAGUCUGCAGGAGGCUCAAAAAAGGAUGAAGAUCAAGAAGCCACCAAAUGUCCUAGUCAUGCAUCUCAAGCGCUUCAAAUACGUUGAGCAACUCGGCCGUAACAAGAAGCUUUCCUACCGGGUUGUCUUCCCCUUGGAGUUGAAACUCAACAACACCAUCGAAGAUUCAGACAUUGAGUAUUCACUCUUUUCUGUUGUGGUUCAUGUUGGAAGUGGUCCCAACCACGGUCACUAUGUCAGCCUCGUGAAGAGCCAUAACCAUUGGCUGUUCUACGAUGAUGAACAUGUAGAGAUAAUUGAUGAAUCCACCAUGCAAACCUUCUUUGGGUCUGCUCAGGAAUACUCGAGUCACACUGAUCACGGGUAUAUCUUGUUCUACGAGAGUCAUACUAGCACGAGCUGAAGAGUAAUGAUCAGGCAUUGAUGCAGUGUAUAGUCGAUUAUAGAAGUUCAUACUCUUUUUUUUAUGAAUAAUAAUAAGGAAUUCACAUGAUCAUGAAACAUUCAUAUAGGAGAGGCCAGAGUUUGUUGUAUGUAUGACAAUUGAAAUGUACCCCUUUUUUUCGCCUAUGGGUUAGAUUAUGAUAUGUUUUUUUUUUAAAA